UGCGUUGCGGGUUGACUUGCCGCUCUUUGCUGCUUGCUUCCAGUCGCUGUUUGAAUUUUCUGCGCGUAGCAAGCGCCGCUCGUUGCUGCCUCAAUUACUAUAAUUGUCAAAGCACACAAUAUAUUUGCAAUUACUUCAUAGUUAUUAGAAGACAAUCGUUUAAUAAUUGAACAUUUGUAAAGUGAAGAAAUACACAACAUGCUAAAUAAAUGUUAGCAAAUAAUUUAUUGUGGACUUGUGCAAAAAGUGGCAUGAAAAAAGACGUUAUCGAUUUGUGUGAAAGUUGCAAGAGCCGCAAGAGGCGCUGCCACACAAUAUAGUAAUUGGGCAAAAGCAAAAGAAAGUUUUUAAAUUAAAGUUGUUAAUGCAAUGGAAAACUUAAACUUUGCACGCACGCCGCAAUUUCUGCGCAAAGUCAUCAACGAGGCGCGCAGAUCGUUUAUACAUAGUGACGACACCGCCGCUGGCAAAUUGACGGGCCACAGUCCCGAGGAGACAAAGGCGCCACACGACGAAAUGGAACUCGCCCACACACUGACCCUCAACGAGGAGGCACUGAAGCAGUUGCCGGAACACAAGCGUGGUGUUUUCGAGCUGGAAUGGCUGCGUUAUUUGGAAAAGUCUUUGCCGCAGAUGCCCAAGCAUGAGAUAAAGGCGGGACAAAAGAAACUGGUGCAACAGCUCUCGGAACGUAUACAGGGUGCACCAGGUCCACCGAUGCGUAAGCUCAUUGCCAGCGCACUGGCCACACUCUUCUCAGUGGGCGACACCUUCAUGCUGUUUGACACAGUGAACGCGUGCAAUGAUAUACUGAAGAACAAGGACGACUCGCCCAGUUAUUUGCCAACAAAGCUAGCUGCCAUUUGUGUAUUGGGUUCAAUGUACGAGAAACUGGGCCGUAUGAUGGGCCGCACCUAUGAGGAUACCGUGCAGAUUCUCAUUCGCACCUUGAGGAACGCCGAGUCGCAGGCUCGCAUCGAGAUCAUGCAUACGCUGGAGAAGGUGAGCGCUGGAAUGGGCACCGCCAUUGCCAACGUGCACAAGGACAUCUACAAGGCGGCCAAGCAUUGUCUGCUCGACCGUGUCAUGGCUGUGCGAGUUGCCGCCGCUCGUUGCAUUCUCAAGAUGAUUUACAGUGCUCCAUUCCUGUAUCAGGCGGAGCUGGAGAGCUUGGGCAAUCUAUGCUUUCGUGCCUUCGACGGCAGCAACUACGAGGUGCGCUGUGCCGUUGCCCAGCUCUUGGGCACGCUCCUGGCCUACACACAACAACUGGCAGAGGCGGUGGGCAACAAGAAAUCACCUCAUGCCCAGGCACUAGCCGCACUGCAAUCUGCCAAAGGUGGCACACUGCGUCUGGUUUCAUUGGACGAGGCAUUGAACAUACUAAUGGCUGGGUUUCUACGCGGCGGCGCCUCAUUCCUCAAGGGCACCGGCGAGAUCAUCAAAGGCAGCUCGGGUGUUAAUCGUGAGGUGCGCGUUGGCGUUACCCAUGCCUAUGUGGUAUUUGUGCAGUUCAUGGGCAGCGUUUGGCUGGAACGGCAACUGAGCACAUUCCUGGCACAUAUACUGGAUCUGGUGGCGAAUCCCAAGGCGGCAUGCUCUCACGUAGACGCCGUCUACUCACGGAAAUGCAUCAACUUUAUAUUACGUUCGACAAUAGGCAAAAUGCUUGGGGAGAAGGCGCAAAGCGCUGCCUGCAAGGAACUCAUACAUCUUGUGGCCAAACAAAUGAACUCAAUCGACUUCAAUCCCGAGAAUGCCAAGGAUUCGAACCAGGAGACGCUCUUCAGUCAGCAUCUGCUAGUCUGUGCCCUUCAGGAGCUUAGCUCCCUAUUUAUUGGCCUGGGCACAACCGCGCAGAAUCUGCUGACAGAUCAAUCAUUGAAUGCUAUUGAUGCCACCUGCGCGGUGUUGGUGCAUCCAUGUGCCGCGGCACGCUUGGCAGCUGCCUGGUGCCUGAGAAGCUGCUGCAUUGCAGUGCCCAGCCAGAUAACGCCACUUAUCGAUCGGUUUAUCGAGGCCAUUGAACAGAUGCGUUCCUCGCCGGAGGCCAUUGCGGGCUAUAGCUGCGCCUUGGCGGCCAUUUUGGGUAGCGCACGCCACUCACCAUUGGGCAUACCGCACACCAAGGGCAAAGUGGUGUUCAACUGUGCCGAGGAGCUGCUGCGUUCUGCUUCCCAGAAUAGCCGCAUGUCGCUGCAUCGCACCCAGGCGGGUUGGCUGCUAAUUGGCGCCAUUAUGACCCUGGGAUCGCCGGUGGUCAAGGGUCUUUUGCCGCGCAUGUUGCUGCUUUGGCGCAACUCAUUUCCGCGCUCCAACAAGGAGCUGGAAUCGGAGAAAGCACGCGGCGAUGCCUUCACCUGGCAGGUGACAUUAGAGGGACGUGCUGGUGCGCUUUCAGUCAUGCACAGCUUUCUGCUCAACUGCCCGGAUCUGGUCAGUGAGGAUAUAACCCGACGACUGCUCACGCCCAUCGAGAGCGCUCUAGCCAUGCUGGUCAACUUGGCCAGUGUCCUCAAGAGCUACGGCACUCAGCUAAAGGCUCCCGCUGCAAUGGUCCGUUUACGUCUGUUUGAAACCCUGACGCUAUUGCCUCCCACUGCCUUGGAGGCAUCCUACACGCAUCUUUUGCGCAUGCUCGUCUCGGAGUUUACACUGUCGGAUAAUGCUGCCAACACAACAAAUUCGCUAUUGCGCACCCUUUGUCAUGGUGAUGACUCCAUCAUAUUGGGCACUUGGCUGCAGGAAACCAAUCAUCGCACCAUCGAGGAUCAGCUUCAGCCGAACAGCGCUGCUGGUUCCGGCGCCCUGGAGCACGAUCCCUGCUGUCUAUACCGUCCAAACUGGUCGGCCCAGCACAACUAUGCGACGAACACAAGCAAUAUAAGCAAUAACAACAUACAGCUGAUUAAUAAGGCACAACAAUGCCCAGGACCGCUGCCACUGGGCGUGGCGGUCAUCGACAUGGCUGUAACCCUGUAUGGCACCAUUUUCCCCAAGGUGGCCAACAAGCAUCGACUCCAAAUGCUGGAUCACUUUGCCGAGUGCAUUAAGCAGGCAAAGAGCAAUCGCCAGGAGGCGGUCCAGAUGAAUAUAUUUACCGCAUUGCUGUUUGCACUGAAACAGUUGACGGACAGCAAGACGAGCAUUGGCCAGGAGGAUGUGAAGAAGAGUGCUACCAGUCUAAUUGUCGCCUCACUGACAAGUGGCAAUUCAACGAUACGCUGUGCCGCCGGCGAAUCCCUUGGACGUCUGGCACAAGUCGUCGCAGAUUCGCACUUUACCGCCGAAUUGGCUCAGAAUAGUUUUGACAAACUGAAGUCGGCACGGGAUGUGGUGACACGAACGGGACACUCGCAUGCCUUGGGCUGCCUGCAUCGUUAUGUGGGCGGCAUGGGAUCCUCACAGCAUCUAAACACCAGUGUCUCCAUAUUGUUGGCUCUGGCCCAGGAUAGCGCCUCUCCGGUGGUGCAGGUCUGGUCACUGUAUGCUCUGGCCCAGAUUGCGGACUCCGGCGGUCCCAUGUUCCGUGGUUAUGUAGAGGCAACGUUAACACUCUCGCUGAAGCUGCUACUAAGCGUACCACAUGCCCAUGUCGAUGUGCAUCAGUGUGUGGGACGUGUGGUCAAUGCUUUGAUCACCACCGUUGGUCCGGAACUCCAGGGAAACAAUGCUGCUGUGAAUGCCAUGCGCAGCUCCUUCCUCUGUGCUGCGGCAUUGCUGCAAUCUCAUGCCGAUCCUCUGGUGCAAUCGGAGGCAAUUGGUUGCCUACAGCAGCUGCAUCUGUUUGCCUGCAAGUCCCUGCAGCUGGACACGCUCGUCCCGACGCUGGUCAAAAUGCUGUCCAGCAAUUACUUUAUACUACGGAAAGCAGCAGUCGCCUGUCUCCGGCAAUUGGCGCAUCGCGAGGCGCGUGAAGUGUGCGAGUUGGCAUUGGCCAUAACGCCGGAACAAUGCCCGGAUUUGGUUAUUACGGAAUACGGACUGCCAGGCUUGCUCUUCUCCAUGCUGGACACUGAAACAGAUGCGGAGAUGCUGAAGAAUAUUCACGAUACACUGACAUCCAUGCUGCAAAUGCUCGCUGCGGAUAAUCUUAGCAAUUGGCUGAGCCUCUGCAAGAAGGUACUCACUGUAGCCGUAGAGAGCGGCGGACCCAUUGACGACCAGACGGGAUUGGCAACGUCGUCGGAUGCAGCCGGAAAGUCGGCCACAGGCGAGGCACAGCACACAGAUGACGACGAUGAUGAGGAGGAGGAGUAUGCCGACGAUGUAACCGAGUAUCGGGCCGAGGAGAAUACCUCCACACAUCCGGCCGUGCAACCCCGUUGGCCCACUCGUGUUUUUGCCGCACAGUGUGUGCGCCGAAUCAUCGCCAGCUGCGAGGCAGCCAAUGCACUGCAUUUCGAUCUGCUGCAGGCCAAGGAACAGCAACUGAUCAAGUCACGCAGCGGAGAUUAUCUUAUACUGCAUCUGGCGGAGCUAAUACGCAUGUCUUUUAUGGCAGCCACCUCGGAUUCGGAUCAAUUACGGCUGGAGGGAUUACGCACGCUGCAAGAGAUCAUAGAUCGAUUUGCGAAUGUGCCAGAGCCAGAGUUUCCGGGUCAUCUACUGCUGGAGCAGUACCAAGCACAGGUGGGCGCUGCCUUGCGUCCGGCCUUUGCACCCGAUACACCCUCCCAUGUUACAGCCGCCGCCUGUGAGGUGUGCUCUGCUUGGAUUGGAUCCGGAGUUGCGCGUGACAUUAGCGAUUUGCGUCGUGUACAUCAGUUGCUGGUCAGUUCUUUGAAUAAACUCUACACGAAGACCAACAGCACCCAGCUGUAUAAUGAAUCGAUGGCAACGCUGGAGAAGCUCAGCAUAUUGAAAGCUUGGGCUGAGGUUUACAUUGUCGCCAUGCUGGGCAACGGCAAAGCACCUGCCUCACUUUUGGCUAUCUCUCCAGCUGGAGGAGCAGCGUCGUCAGCAGCACAAACAGAGCUGGUGAGUGGCCUGGAUCUGGAGAGUGAUAAUCGUGGCGAGAGUUUGCUGGGCUUGGUGCAGCCGGAGCUGCACAAUUUAUCCAAUCAUUGGCUGGCAGCGAUGAAGGAUCAUGCGCUGUUGCUGCUGCCCACUGAGUUUCAAUCACAAUUGCCGCGGGAUGGCGGAUCCUUCUACACGACAGACACAAUCAACUCAUCGAAGCCGCACUACAUGACCAGCUGGCCACCCAUUUUGUAUGCAGCUGCGCUCUGGCUGCGCGAUGAGGGAUUUGCCCGCCAUCAGGAGACUCAAACGCAAGUGGAGAGCACGCCGAGCACACCAGAAACCGAGUCCAAUAACAAUCACAUCACUCACGGCUCCCUUUCGGCGGAUCGCUUUCAUAUGAUCUUUGGCAUCUGCAUGGAGGCGUUGUGCAGCAUGCGAAGCUCAGAGAAGCCAAAGAACAUUGUCAGCUGCCUACGGUCGCUCCACAGCAUCUUUGAUUCGGAUUGGGCUCGUCGCCAGCUGAUCAAAGAUCGUGCUCUGACUAUCGAGCUAUGCCAUGUGCUGCAUCGUCAGAUACUCACCCGAGAUGAGCUGCUCGUCCAGCUGCUUUGCGUCGAGAUACUCAAGCAGACAAUUCAAGCGGCUCGAGAGGACUUACAACGCAAUCGGGACAAUCAAAAGACUCCCGACAAUGCCAAUGACAAUGCCAACAAUGACAAUGAAACGGAGACAAAGACGGAAAACAUGGAACUGGGUGAGGGGAGCGUCAUGCAGCCCGGCAGUUCGCAUGUCUAUGCCGUUCUGGAGGUGUGCCUGUGUCUCUUUGUGCGCCAAAUACCCAGCCUCAAUCCCAGCAAGCAGACGAACCUUCAGUUGGACUAUGCGUAUGCCAAGAAUAACGCCUCCUUCUUUUCGGUACUGGGCGAUGAAAAUGGUCGGCUGGUGGCCAGCGGACUGCAGUGUGUUGAACAGCUGCUAGAGCUGUGCACUCCCAGCGGUGCCCUGACCAUACUGCCCACAAUACUCUACAUGACCACGAGCAUCAUAAGGGAGAUAGCCAACAAGUCGUCCAUAGAUAGCAGCAUUCUGGCCAACACGUGUGCUGUACAAGCAGCUUUACAAUGUCUGCGCUCUGUUUGUAUCCAUCGCUGGGCACAGCAGCCAAGCACUAUGGAGGAUUGGCAGCAACUACUGCAAAGUGCACUGGCCACCAUCAUUGAUAUGACGAAAACGGCUGGUGACAAUGAGGAGCGUAAGGUUGAUGAGGUUACCAUGUUGCUGGCAAUUGCUGUAUUCAUUCUCCAUACGCCCGCCUCAGUGGUGGGCACGCCCUCAUUGCAAUAUCCGUGCAUCAAUCAUUUCCGACAGUGUCUGCAAUCGGAGCAUUUGUCGAUUAAGCUCAAGUGCAUCGAAACAACACGUUCCAUAUUCACAAAAGCGGAUCUGAAAACUGCAACACCCUAUAUACAUGCACUGGCGCCCCGGAUCAUUGAGUCCCUCUACGCGGAGUCCAGUAAGAUGCCAGCCAGUGAACUGGAACUGCAGGUGACUCUCGAGAGCAUCGUCACCGUGGAUCAACUCAUUGAGCUCGCUGAGCCGCAGCAUCGAAACUUGCUACAAGAUAUACAAAUGUUAACGCUGCUCGUACCGGUACUCAUUAGCUACUUGGCCGAUCCGAGCAGAUUGCGCACGUUGCCCAAAUACCAGAGACAGCUGCACGAGCAGGCAUUGCAGUGGCUGCUCAAAAUUGGACCCAAAUAUCCGCAGGAAUUCAAGGCGCUGAUGUGCCAAAAGCCCGAAUUGCGGCAGAAACUGGAGUCGGCCAUACGGAACCAGCAGCAGUCAAUUAAUCUCGCCCAGAAGGCCAGCGAGGCGCAACGUAACGGUUUACUGGCCAAGCCGCAGAAACCGACGAUUAAACUGAAAACGGACUUUAGCAACUUUCAAUAAUUGUGAAGCUGUCCAAAUC